AUGUCUCUCGCAAGCACAAGCUCUUCCACCGAUGCCUGGGACCAACCUCCCACAGCUUCGUACGUCCCUCGGCGCCCUGUACAGCCAGAAUCGGUUCCGGAUGAUUGGGACGAGGAUUCGGAAGACGAGGAGGACCAGCAGAAGCUGUGGGAGGCAGCGAACAACAAAGCCCCCAUGCCUGAGUUGGUCAUCUCCGCGUCUAGUACCGCCCCCGUAGUCUCUCCUCCGCCAGCCGCGUUCCAGCCCGCGCUACGCAUUUUGAAACGGCCGACAUCGUCAGCAUCCUCGUCCGCCUCAGCAACACCACCACCACCAUUGACAGAGUCGCAGAAGUCAUAUGCGGAGCGGGAAGCGCAGUACCAAGCUGCCCGCCAACGUAUCUUCCGACCAGGAAACACACAGGGAGAUAACUACAGCUGGUCCAGGCAGGAAGAAAGUAUCGCUGCUUCAAAUGCUGCCUUUGGGGACUCCAGCCCCCGUGGUGCACCCGGAGUCAAAGUUAUACGUAAUCCCAAAGGACCGAACGCCUCGGCGAAUACCGAUGAUGGCGGAAGUGCCUCAGGUUCGCGCACUGCACGAGGAUUUGCGUUGCGGGGAGGAAGGGGGACACUGCGAAGGUAG